UCUAUCCUUGUUGUGGCGGCAGAAAACACAUCACUUUAAAAGCACCUUGCUAACGGUUAUGAAACCUCUCACUCACAGCAUGAAUUCUCCGGAGUAUUUCAGACUCUAUGUGCCCAUACCUUAACCUGAAGACCCUCGGUGUUCCCGGAAAGCCUCUCACCCCCGGCUGAGAGAUGUCCGUAGUGACGGUGCAGCUCGGGCAGUGCGGGAACCAGGUGGGUCAGCAGCUGCUCCACAGCCUCCUCUGCGACGCUCAGAACGGCCAGAGGAAGGAGCUCUGCACCGCCACCCGGGAGCGCUUCUUCCACCAGGACACACAUGGAGAGCUUGUUGCCCGGGCGGUGCUGAUCGACAUGGAGCCCAAAGUGAUCAACCAGAGCAUCAGCAGGGCGGCGAGAUCCGGCAUGUGGCGGUACGGAGAGACGUCACACUUCAGCCAGAAGCAGGGCUCUGGGAACAACUGGGCCAAUGGGUUCUGUGUGCACGGGCCGGCUCACAGAGAGGUGGUGGAGGAGCUGGUGAGGCGAGAGGUGGAGCGCUGUGAUAGGCUGUCUGGACUCCUGGCCAUGAUGAGUGUGGCGGGGGGGACAGGGUCCGGAGUCGGUACCUAUGUUACUCAGUGUCUCCGAGACGUCUACCCCAAGUCCUUCAUCCUCAACCACCUCACCUGGCCGUACGGGACCGGAGAGGUAAUUGUCCAGAACUACAACUCUGUGCUGACGCUGGCUCAUCUCUACCAGCUGUCGGACGCCAUCCUGGUGCAUGAGAACGACACGGUGCACCAGAUCUGCAGUCAGCUGCUCAACAUCAAACACAUCUCCUUCGCUGAUGUCAACUCAGUGAUCGCUCACCAGCUGGGCAGCGUCCUGCAGCCCGCGCUCACCGCUGACUCCCAGGGAGCCUACAGCAGAAACCCUCUGGGGGAGUUGGUGAGCGCCCUCUGCUGCCACCCAGAGUUCAAGCUGCUCAGCAUCUCCUCCAUCCCUCAGGUGCCCCUCGCCUCCAUGGCCUACAGCAGCUUCAGCUGGCCCAGCCUGCUCAAACACCUCCGCCAGAUGCUCAUCUCCAACACCAAGAUGGAGGAAGGUAUAGACUGGCAGGUGCGUCCUCCUGCAGCCGCUGAGCGCAGCAGGAGCCUCACAGCAGGGAGCUUCAACACGUCUCUGGCCAACGUGCUCAUCCUGAGAGGGAAGGACGUGUACAGCGCAGAGACAGGUGGUUUCGAGGACCCGGCCCUGUACUCCUCCUGGCUCUCACCACAGGAAGCCUUCAGUGUGUGGAAGUCCCCGGUGCCUUUUAAUAAAUAUGAAAAAAGUGCCACGCUGGUCAGUAACAGCCAGGCUCUGCUCCGCCCCCUGGACAGCAUGGUGGGCGGAGCCUGGAACAUGUUCGCCUCCAGAGCCUACAUCCACCAGUACACUAAGUUUGGGAUCUCAGAGGAGGACUUCCUGGACAGCUUCUCGUCUCUGGAGCAGGUCAUCUCCAGCUACAAACAACUGCGCUAGAAAUGGGAGAAACCAACAAGCACCCUCAUGCCAAGGAAUACCACUGUUUGGAAUGAUUUCUUAUACCAACAUGUAAAUAAAAUGUAUUUUAUUUAA